AUGCAGAUAUAUACAAUUGCUUUAGGCGUAAUAAAAGACAUCGAUGCUAUGCAAGAAUUAAACAAUAUUCCAGCGGAUAUAAAACUUAUUAAAUGGAAAUCUUUAUUUCAAAUCAAUUGUGCAUGUAUUCGUAAACAAAUAAAAGAAUCUUUAUUUGUACAUGUUCAAUAUUAUAUAAAAUUAGAUAAAAUAGAUGAAGGUGAAGGUUGUGUAAAAGAAAUCUCAUCGUUAAGUUCCUUAUGCCAUCGAAUGUUUUAUAUGCGUGGAUUAAUAAAUGAUGCUCGUGGUCAAUUAAGAUUAGCAAAACAAUAUUAUAAUGAUGCAUCAUUGAUUAAUCCUUAUCAUUUUCCAACAUGCAUUUAA